GACUAAACCCUUUGAGAUGAGGAAGGUUGAUCUCUGUUCAAGCGCUGAAGGGACUGAAGUGAUUCUGGCCACCUCCAGUGAUGAAAAGCACCCACCUGAAAAUAUCAUCGAUGGGAAUCCAGAAACCUUCUGGACCACCACAGGCAUGUUUCCCCAGGAGUUCAUUAUUUGUUUUCACAAACACGUGAAGAUUGAAAAGCUCGUGAUCCAAAGUUACUUAGUGCGGACCUUGAGGAUUGAAAAGACUGCAUCUAAAGAGCCAUUCGAUUUUGAGCAGUGGGUGGAAAAAGAUUUAAUACACACAGAGGGGCAGCUUCAAAACGAAGAAAUUGUGGCACGAGAUGGCUACGCCACUUUCUUGAGAUUCAUUAUUGUUUCAGCCUUCGAUCAUUUUGCAUCUGUACAUAGCAUUUCUGCAGAGGGACUAGCAGUCUCAACUCUUUCCUAGUAAUUACAACAAAAUUCUCUAAACUACUUUUCUUUGGUAUAUUUUCUAUUAAAUAUAUUUUUAUCACUGUU